GAAAUGGGUCUUUAUACAGACAGAUUCAGUAUCCGACUUUUCAGACCUCCCAGUCCCAAGUGCUGAGUUAUGUCAGAAAAACCAAUCCAAAAAAACCUCCGAGUUUUAUAGGUGGCGUUGAAAAAAAAACCUCCGAGUCGCUACUCUUUCAUUUUCCAAGUCCCUCAGAAGAGAAGAGAAGAGAAGGGAAACCUUCAUCUGUUAGAAACUCCCAACCUGCAAUUUUAACAGAUCUGCGUGUCCAGUUCACAUUCCUCUGAAUUGUAGCUCAAUUUUGGACUUAAUAUUUAUGCUCGUUGGAUUGCUUGGUGGCUGUACUGCUCUUCGAACAUCAAACCCGAUGCAUUGACCUGUUAUUGUCUCUCUUGUAAAUUGUAAUCGUAAUGCAGAAAUGCCGGUUGCUUGUUUUUGGGUUUAUGCUUGAUUCAGUAGAACUUUGGGAAAGGAUAUUGUUUAUUGUUUAAUGGGUUUAUUGUAAUAAGAGUGGCUUUUUUAUAUCGUUGUAAUUGAGCUCAGAAGUGGAGGAAUCGAUGGGAUUAAUGGGUUUGUUUUAAAAAGAUUUUGUAGGUAAGUAAUGAGUUGUGUUCUACAUUGGGGAUUUAAAGUCUGCAUUUUGGAUUGAGGCGGAAGAAUGAUUAGGAGAAAAAGCAUGGGACGUGCAUCGCCAGUACUUUUGGUGCUUUUAGCACUUGGUUUUUUCUUUGCAACUUAUAAUUUGUUAACCAUUAUAAUACACAACAAGGCCUCCUACUCGGGCAUUUUGGGGGAAUACCGGUUGGAAGAUCCUGUGAUUCAGCGGCCCUCGAAGGCGGAGAAUCCAAAAUUUCAUGUUGUUGUUACAGCCACUGAUGCUCCGUAUAGCCAGUGGCAGUGUCGGAUCAUGUAUUACUGGUACAACAAGGUAAAAGAUAUGCCUGGAUCAGAUAUGGGAAAGUUCACUCGAGUUUUGCAUUCUGGAAAUGCUGACAAUUUGACGGAGGAGAUUCCAACAGUUGUGGUUGAUCCUCUUCCGGAAGGCUUGGAUCGGGGCUAUAUUGUCCUAAACAGACCAUGGGCUUUUGUGCAAUGGCUGGAGAAAGCAACAAUCGAGGAAGAAUACAUUCUAAUGGCUGAACCUGACCACAUAUUUGUAAAUCCUUUGCCAAACUUAGCACGUGGAAACAAUCCAGCAGGGUAUCCAUUUUUCUACAUUAAACCAACCGAAAAUGAGAAAAUAAUUAGAAAGUUUUAUCCUGUGGAAAAAGGCCCUGUGACUGAUGUUGAUCCAAUUGGCAAUUCUCCUGUAAUCAUAAAGAAGUCCCUGCUGGAGGAAAUCGCUCCCACAUGGGUGAAUGUGUCUUUGAAAAUGAAAGAUGACCUAGAGACUGAUAAGGCUUUUGGAUGGGUGCUUGAGAUGUAUGCAUAUGCUGUGGCAUCUGCAUUGCAUGGUGUGCGGCAUAUUCUUCGUGAAGACUUUAUGUUGCAGCCUCCAUGGGAUUUGAAAGUUGGGAAGAGGUUCAUCAUCCAUUAUACUUACGGAUGCGACUAUAAUUUAAAAGGAGACCUGACUUAUGGUAAGAUUGGAGAAUGGCGUUUUGACAAGAGAGCAUAUCUCAGUGGUCCUCCACCAAGAAACCUCUCUUUGCCCCCUCCAGGAGUUCCUGAAAGUGUGGUAAGGCUCGUGAAAAUGGUUAACGAGGCUACUGCAAACAUUCCUGGUUGGUACAGCUAAACCAGUGGUUGAGAUGAAAAGUAAGAUAUAAGCCCAUCAGUUCUUCUCUUGCUUACUGAUAUUUUAAACGCUGUCAGCUUGUCACCGUUGGGGAGGUUCUGUCGAUACAAAUUUAUGUAACAAAAGAAUAUUUAUAGUUAGAUAAGGAAUGUCUUUGGUGAGUAAAGAAUGAUCUUUUGUUGUUGAUGCACAUUGACAGAAGGCCAUCAAGGCUAAUUAAUUCUUUUGUAUACCAUACAUUCUCAUGUUACAAAUUUUUGCACUUUGACCUCACAAUAAGAUUUUGGAUUGCGGUUUGUCUU